AUGUUGCGGCUAUCGUUACGGGCUCCGAUCGCUGCACGAGCUACGUCAACACUCUCCGUAGCGGCUAAUUACAAGCCAUGCAACCCAUUUGAAGUGAAGGCAGGGUAUCUACAACCUGGUCUUCCAGCCUCGGAAUUCCAAGAACGCCGAAAGAAAUUGUUCGCUUUAAUGCCUACAAAUACCGCAUUCAUUACGAACGCAGCGUCAGUCAAGUACAUGACUCAUGAUAUACCGUGGGAAUUUCAUCAAGAUACUAAUUUUAUGUACCUCACUGGACUUGAAGAACCUGACGCACACGCAGUGCUUCUUAAGACUCCGGAUGUGUGUUCUUUUGUUCUUUUUGUACGUCCACGAGAUCCUCACAGUGAACAAUGGGAUGGCGCUCGCAUAGGUCUGAAUGGAGCAAAGGAUCAAUAUCUAGCUGAUGAUGCCGUUCAACUAACAGAAUUAGCUCCAACAUUGCACAAACUUUUGUCUGGAUUAGACAAAGUCUUUGUACUGAAGCCUAAUGGAGGUAGUUAUUCGUCCACGUUUGUCGAGGCAACAAAAAGUUAUCACAAUAAGUUUUUCAUGGGAGACAGUUUAAUUGAGCAGCUUCGUGUUAUUAAAUCGGAAAAUGAACUGAAUCGCAUGCGAUUUGCUGCUGAGAUUGGUACACAGGGAUUUAUUGACAUGAUGAAGAACACACGUCCUGGAAUGUCAGAGCUUGCACUUGGAUCAACAUUUGAAGGUUCGAUUAAGAAGAAUGGAGCGCUUUGGAACGCAUUUCCAAAUGUUGUAGGCUCAGGAUCAAAUGCUGCAGUGAUCCACUAUUUGGCUAAACGUGGCAUGCUUCACAAGCAUGAUUUGGUUCUAGUUGAUUCGGGCUGCGAGGUUGCUGGUGGUUACGUUUGCGAUAUCACGCGCACAUGGCCUGUAGGUGGAACUCUGUCUUCUGGACAAACUAUGAUGUAUGAGUUUGUUUUGGACGUCCAGAAGAAGUGCAUCAAGCACUUGGAUAAUAUGAUUCAAAUGAAGUCGCCGAUUUCUUUGAAUGAUUUGCAUGAUUACUCUGUGGAUAUCAUGAGAGAACGUAUGAUGGAGCUGGGCAUUCUAAAGGGUAAAAGUGAAACAAAAUCGCGUGGUUUUGUUCGCGAAUUUCAAAAGUAUAACCCCACACAUAUUGGCCAUUAUCUUGGAUUAGACACGCACGACACACCGCACAUCAUGCGAUGUGAACCACUUGUUCCAGGCAUGGUGGUGACUGUGGAGCCUGGUAUUUACUUGCCGGAGAACGACUUUGAUUUGCCAAAAGAGUUUCGAGGUAUAGGAGUUCGCAUAGAAGAUGAUAUUGUGAUCACCGAAUCUGGCAUUGAGAUCACGACAUCGAAAGUGCCUAAAGAAUUAGAUGCAAUGGAGGCGCUGCGUAAUAACUAG